AUGGAUGUUGCAAUGAGGUCGAAAGAUAUCGUAAAAGGGAAGCGAACGAAGCGUUCUAGGCCUCUAUCGCCGAUCCCUUUCAUCGUAGCAUGUAACUAUUCUGUUUACAAUGAAGAUGAUCGAGGUGGGGAUGAAGGGAGUCCGGAUGUGGAGAUGAAGAAUUAUGGUCAAUAUUUGUCACCUUCUUCGUCAUCUUCAUCCGAAUAUCAAGAAAUAACCACCGAGGAAGAAGAAGAUAUGGCCAAUUGUUUGAUCCUCCUGGCGCAAGGCCGAUCCAGAGAAUCCGAGAAAUUUACUAGUAGGAAGUUGUUGGAGAGUGGUUCAAAUGGGACAGGCAAGGCCGGGUACAUUGUUUACGAGUGCAAAACAUGUAAUAGAACAUUCCCUUUGUUCCAAGCUCUUGGUGGUCAUAGGGCUAGCCAUAAGAAGCCCAAGGCAGGAGUGUCCAUGGUUGAUGACAAAAGCACAAGGCCAUUCAAAUCAGCAUAUGAAGAAGGAGGUCCUAAUAAUAAGGUUAAGGUUCAUGAAUGUUCCUUUUGUGGGGCUGAGUUUACCUCUGGACAAGCCUUGGGAGGGCAUAUGAGAAGGCAUAGAGGGUCAAUAGGUACUAGUAGUAAUCUUAAUGUUAUUACAACUAACACCCCCUUGCCUUUGACAAUGGAAUCUGAUAAACCUCAGAAACCAAGAAAUGUUUUGUCUUUAAGCUUGGAUCUCAAUCUUCCCGCCCCGGAAGACGAUGACCGGGAAUCCGAAUUCGCCUUUGGUUCCAAGCAACAACAGCAAUCCGUUCUUGUCUUCCCAGCCCCCACUUUGGUGGAUUGUUUUUACUAAGCAAGGUUAAAGUUUUUUUUCCUUUUUUUCAACUUAUUCAAACAUUUAUUUAUACAAUUGACCCAAAGCUGAAUUGUUUUUUUUUAAUU